AUGGUCACCAAAGAAGAUGAAGAAGUUGUGAUUGAAAACAGCCGCUCGGUAGCUUUCCGAAACCUUCCGCCUGUCCCUGAAGGAGCUGAGUCAGAAGGUUGCAUUCUCCUCUUUUAUCAAUACAAAGAGCCAGUGUGGACCAAGAAAGAGCACAAGAAGGCCAUUAAAACGAUCAUUGCCUUGGGUGAAGAGUGCAAUGUCACAGGAAGGGGGCGUGUCGCUCCAGAAGGUGUCAAUUGUACUCUCAGCGGGAGGCCAGAAGAUGUGCGCAACUUUUGUUACGGCCUUCGCAAGUGGAAUCCCUUGUUUGACGAGACUGACUUUAAACUGACCGAUUUCGUCCCCAAGAAUAAGUUGUUCAAGAGUCUUUCGAUUCGGAAAACAGAGGAACUUGUGGCCUAUGGUCUUGCGGGUGAAAAGGCCCCAUCUUUGGAAAAAUUCCACGGAACUCACUUAGAGGCAGAGGAUUAUCACAAUGCCAUGAAGGACAAGGAUACGGUAGUUGUCGAUGUUCGUAAUGCGUAUGAAAGUGCCAUUGGAAGCUUCAAGCCGCCUGAGGGGGGAGCAGAACUCAUUGACCCCAAAAUGAGAAACAGUAUUGAAUUCCCAAAAUGGCUCAAUGAUCCCAAAACACAGGAAAAGCUGAAUGGGAAAAAGGUUCUGAUGUAUUGCACUGGUGGAAUCCGUUGCGAACGAGCAACUGCGUUGCUGAACCAAAUGACCACUGUGAACCCAGACCUCAAUGUGAAGGGAGUCUAUCACAUGCGCGGAGGCAUUGAGCGUUACGUCAAGACCUUUCCCAAAGGUGGCUUCUGGAAUGGCAAGAACUAUCUAUUUGAUCGUCGCAUGGAACAAGUUCCUGGCACCAAGGACGGGGAUAGAGUGGAACAAGAGGUAGAUUCCAAGUGCUCUGUCUGCCGACGCAAGUGGACCGCUUAUCGGGGAAAGUUCAAAUGCAGCCAGUCCCUCUGUGGAGUUCCUGUCAUUGUAUGCCCCGAUUGUGACUCUUUUGGACUGAAGAACCCCGACAAGCUGAAUUGUGAGCUUUGCAAACAAGGUUACCGGGCACCUACGUCGGGUCCAGACCUGGUCGAGCUGAAGCGCAAGGCUGAAUCAAUCGCCGUCAAUAAAGAUGGAGGUACUGACUCUUCGCCGGAAUCAAAGAAGGCAAAGAAAGAUGGUGGUUCCAACCAUCAUCAUGACAGGCUCUUUUUGGCUCGCCUUCCUUUGACUAUUUCCAAGUCCAAAUUGAUUGAGGUUCUAGUGGGCUCUGCUUCAGCCGACAAGAUUAAGCGAGUCCAUUGGCUUGCGGACAAGAACAGUGGUGCCUUUUAUGGAUCCUGCAUUGUGGAAGUUAGUUCUUCCGAUAUCGCAAAGCAGGUGAUUGAUAAGGCAUCCGAAAAUGGUGGAAUUAAGUUGGACAAGAAGAAGAUUAGAGCAUCAUUUGCAAGUGCUAAGGAAGGCGAAAUUUGGCCCCCAAAAAACUAUGUCGAGAAGGAAUUUCCCCCCGUUGUUGGAUGA